AUGGCAUCUUCAAACUCUGGCAACUGUAAUUCCAGUUCAAAAAAUUCUAAAUUCAAUUCUAUUUUAAAUUCAAGGUCGAAAAAUUCUUCAAACAUUUUACAAGUUAAAGACAAACCUACAUACUCGCAAUUAAUAAGUGAGAAUGCAAAAACAAAUAAAAAAUGGUAUGAUGUAAAAAUAAAAAAUUCCAAAAAUAUCAGUAUAGCUCAUAAAAAACCAAGGUCUCGUAUUCCAAUUAAGUGUAAAAUUCAAUGCCCACAAACUUCAUGUUGCAUUCGUAUUACUAACUUAUCCAGAAGAAUUACCGUAGAUUUCCUUUAUGAAAAUUUUUCUGAAUUUGGAACAAUAAAAAAACUAGAUCUACACUUCAACCAAUAUGAUAGAUUUUCCAAAGGAUUUUCUUACAUAAUGUUUUCYUCUCCAGAAGAAUCUAAAAAUGCUGUAAGAACUAUGGAUGAAUGUGAAAUUGAUGGAUAUGUAAUWACGUGCAAACAAUGGUUCUUACCAUAUACAGAAUACUGUGUAAGUUCUAUACUUCGUGGUGCUUGCAGUGCAGAUGAAAUCCAAAGAUAUUCACCAACACACCUAUCACCAACUUAUUAUAUUAUACAACAUUCUUCUCAACUAGAUAGAUUGAAUUCUCAUACUGGAUCUCGUUUUCAUUCUCUAAUGUAUUAUGAUAAUAUACCUCCAAACAAAUCUCUCACUGGGUCUUCAAGAAUUUCAAGUUCUAGAUCUCCGAGGCAAUCUAGAUCAAGAUCUCGUUCUAAUUCCUUAACAAUACAUCAUUCUAAAUCUAAAAAAAAAACUCAUAAUAGAUCUUGUAAUAUCAAAACAUAUUCAAAAAGUUCUCAUCAUAGAUCUUCUAGAAAGCCAUAUAAGUUUUAUUAA